GCUGAAGGGGAAUCCCCUUUGUAAUAGCACCGGAAAGUCCCAGAGAACAGUCUGGAAAACACCAAAGCUCUCCUACAGAUGAGGAAAUGGAAACUAUGACUAUCACAAAUUCAGGAAGGACAGUGUACUCUUCCUGGUGGUGUACUGGAACUUGAGGUGCAGUAGAUAUUGUGUCAAGAGACUUUGUAUUGAAGCAUCACCCCCCUCCCCAAGUUGGAUGAGGAGUCACCUGCAUGCUGCAGCUGGUUUGUAAACCAUGGCACAAGGAACCUUACUGGCUUUUGCCAGUGCCCAGGUGUACCAAAAAGAUGCUUCACCUGAAUCGCAAUGGACGAAUGUUCUCGGCGCAGGCAAGGAUCAAGCUGCGACGAGUCAGCUGUGCAUCUACCGAGAACACAGCGGACAGUUUAACCUGGUCAUUCGUGAAGACAGGCCAGGUGGGCGCGGACAGAUGAUAUUCAGCCUGCCUCUGCACGGGCUCUCCUACAACAAGAAGGACCCCACACUGAUAGAACUCACCUACCACGAUGGCACCAUGUACACUGCUAAGUUCCUGUCCAACAAGGAUGCCAACAUCAUGCACACUGUUAUCUCUAACUUACUACACGAGAUCAAGAGAGCAGGUGGCGGCAGUGCAGCAGCUUCACAACAGAAGGGCAGGAUAGGCACCAAGCCAGCAUGGGCAGAAAAGGGAAAGUCCUUAACCCUGCCCACACCAGGUAGAUCACCUGAAGUAGAAGAUGCAGAGGCGCUGGCUGUAUCCCUGAUGAAGGCUGUAGAAGUAGGAGACAAGUCCUUCGCCAUGGAGCUUGCUUCCCAGCUCGCCAGCCUCAAACCGGAUCUGGACGUAGCAGUUAGGAACAAAACUGGGCCUAAGUUUAGGUUAAGAGUGUCCAUAGAAGACAAGGACAUGUGUGGGGGACAAUACAUGAUGGACGUCCACCCAUCCACUACGAUAUACACACUAAAAAGGAUGAUGAUGGCAAAGCUGAAGUUCCCGAUCAGUGUGCAGAGGUGGGUGAUACAGAAGCGGCUGUGCCAGGAUGAAUGGACGCUGACAAAGUGCGGUGUGAAGGGGCCGGGACACACUGCGUACCUUUACCUGCUCACCGCCGUGUCUGCUGGUGCCGACCGUAACGAACUAGAGCCGCUCGAGGGGGCGGUUGGAGGGGAAGUGGCCCAGGGUGCAGUGGGAGGGGCAGCUCUUCAACCAUCCCUAGGUGGCCCAUCCAGCAUCCCCCCUCGGUCACCAGCUACCCCGGUAACGGUUGCCCCGGCGACACCAGCCCCGCCCAGGUUGGGCAUAGCAGAGGCAGAAGCAGUCGUGAACGCAGUGUUGGAACCACCGAGGCCAGCACAGCCGCAGCACGUUCUGCUGCAAGGUGCUGCAGCCAGACCACAGCAACAACAACAGUUACAGCAGCAGGGAGCUGCAGCUCAGGCACCUUCUCCUGCACAGGCCCUGGGAUGGUCGUGCCCUGUGUGUACGUUCGUUAACCAGCCCACGCGCCCUGGGUGCGAGAUGUGUGGCGCCCCGCGGCCGGAGGAUUACCGAGUACCAGAGAACUACAUCCCUGACGAGGAGGAGAGGGAGCGACUCCGGAAGGAACAGCAAGCUGAGGAGAUGUACCGGGAGGCCGAGCUGCGGCGGAGGGAAGCGAACCUGCAGGAGUUGAUGAUGGCAGAGCAGCAGUUCCUGGUGCCCAACACGCUGGAGUUUGAGUGUGCCAUCUGCUUCAUGGAUGUGGAGCCUGGGGACGGGGUGGUGCUCAGGGACUGUCUACACUCCUUCUGCAGGGAGUGUCUGCGUCAGCACAUAGUCCAGUGUGAGGAGGCCGAUGUGAAGUGCCCCUUCGUAGAUGAUGACUACUCCUGCCCUGCUAUGCUGCAGGACAGAGAGAUCAGGGCGCUGCUGAGCCCAGACGAGUACCAGCGCUACCAGGAGCGCGGCCUGGCCAUCGCGGAGGGGCAGGCGCGCGACGCCUUCCACUGCAAGACCGCCGACUGUCGGGGGUUCUGCUUCUACGAGGACCUGAGUAACGACUUCUUCUGCCCAAUCUGCGGCAAGAGGAACUGCCUGACGUGUAAGGCGAUCCACGAGAACAUGUCGUGCCGAGAGUACCAGGAUGACCUGCGGAGACGGGCGAACAACGACGAAGCAGCCCAGCAGACCAUGGCCAUGCUGGAGAACAUGGUGCGGCAGGGUGAGGCGAUCCACUGUCCGCAGUGUGACAUCAUCGUUCAGAAGAAGGAGGGCUGUGAUUGGAUACGCUGCUCGAUGUGCCGGACUGAGAUCUGCUGGGUCACCAAGGCCAGAAGAUGGGGGCCAGGGGGCCCAGGAGACAUCAGUGGCGGGUGCCGGUGCAGGGUGGGGGGGCAGAAGUGCCAUCCUGAGUGUAGGAACUGUCACUGACACCAUCACUGCAGAACAGAGGGCUCUAAACUGUACAGAGAUGCUUAAGGCCAAAGCUCUGUCUGGAAGCUCUAAUCCCUGGAAUGCUGUAUCUCACAGGAAAUUUCAAGUGACUAUCACUAAUAGCACACCCUCUGCAGACAGGACAGCUGUGAACUGCUUAAAGAUGCCUAAGGCUUGGGUUCCCUCUCCAGCUCGAAGUUUCUCUGCAUCCUCUCGGAGCAUCAUUUUGUGUCGAAGUCCAUCUGCAUCCUCUCCAAGCAUCAUUUUGAGUGCUAAAGGAUUCUGGAGGCUCCAAGGGCUCCCUGGGAAGAAUGGCAUCAAGCUCUUUGGAAAACUUGUUCAACAAACAAACAAAACCAGGUGUGUACUCUGAUUGAGGUUGAAGCCAGAAUGGGAAAGACAACACUUCAGAAUGGACUUACACAGAAAAGUGGCACGACAUUGUCCUGUUGAUCCGACUCCUAGAGUUGAGAGAGGGGUGAGAUCAAAGAGGAGCAGAUGCUGGAAAAGUAAGAUGGUAAAACAACUGAAGGUGUUGAUGUUGCACACGUAUACAUGUGUACUAUCUCAUCCGAUCAGAAUCAUGUGCGCUCUUCCUCCAGCAAAACACACCAUUCCAAAACUGCUAUAUGGAAAAGAGUGUCUCAAAAUGAAGCUGUGAUCAUGCGGACAGUAAGUGCUGUUCCAGGAGACCAGAAAUCCCCCCAAAAGAUACUAUAUAUACAUAGUCAGAAGGACAACAAGAGAGGCUGAAUUCCUUAGAUGACUUGCAGGACCCAGUUGUCACAGCACUGAGGUGUAUUUGGGGCAGGAAAGACAACAUUUCUGUCAAAAGUCACAAAGGGAGUACUAAGAUGUAUCCCUGCUUUCAGUCUGACUCUAGGAGAUGAGUGCCAGACCAAUGUGUGCUUUGACUCCAUAAAGUUGGAUAAAAGGAAAUACUGUAAAUGCAUUUAAAUUUGCAGAGAUCUAAUUUCGCAGUAGCAGUAAAAUGGACUUUU